AUGGAAAGGAAGAGAAAUAGGGUUCCGGAUCCGAGAAGUAGGUCAGCGGAAAGAAAAAGGAGGGGGAGGAAGGAAAAGAACUACACAUCAGAAGCAGAAUCAUGUUUUCCAAACAUUAUUCUUCCGGAAGACAUCGUCGUCGAAAUCCUCUCGAGAUUAUCCCUCGGUUCUCUUGCCCGAUUCACCUGCGUUUCCAAGCAAUGGUGUUCUUUGAUCUCUAAUAGAUGCACCACGAGAUCACCGACAGUUCUCCUUAUAUCCAAGUCGAGAGCAUAUUCCUUUUCACCUCACUCCCUUGACAGGAACCACCGAAAAGAAGUUCAUGCGAAAAGUGUUUAUGUUCCUUGGAACAAGAUUGAAAAAUACAUUAACAAGUUUAGAAUAUUGGGAUCAUGUAACGGUUUGCUGCUUAUGCAUAUAGACGAGGACGUGUUCUUGUGGAAUCCAUCGACUACAUUCUUCAAGAAAAUGCUAGCAUAUGAAGAAUUGCGUGAUCAGGGCUACGGUGUUUGUUCCGGGCUUUGCUAUGACUCCACCAGUGACGAGUACAAGGCCGUUCUUGCGCUUGCCCAUGAAACUCCAGAUUACGGCGGUGAAUUCGUUGUGGUUGGUAGUUUUAGAAGCAAAAGUUGGACAGUGAUUGACUUCCCCUACAUGCUACCUUCAGAGAAUAUGGGGCCCAUAGUCAAUGGAAAUCUUCAUUGGUUUGCUUCUCAUAAGAACGAUUUAGUUAGUCGAUUCUUUUCACCCCAUCAAAUUAUUUUCUUUAAUGCACAAUUGGAUAAAUUCGAGGAGGUACCAAUGCCAAAGCCUAUAGGAGAGGACGGAGAUAUCCUUUGUGGAUUGGGAGUUUUAGAUGGAUGCCUUUGUAUGUCUCGCUCGGACUGUCCAGGUGAUUGGAAAAGCAAUGUUGAAGUAUUAAUAAUGAAAGAAUACGGUGUUAAAAGUUCUUGGACUAUUUUGUUCGCAGUUUCAGAUGACCGUUUUGCCUUUACACUUCAUCGUCCAUUGGUGCCAUUAGGUUAUACAAAGAAUGGUAGAGUUCUUAUUAAAGUUAACUACCGGGGUGGUUAUAUAAGGGCAUUCGAUCUGACUGACAAAUCCCACAGGAGAAUUUCAAUACCAGAGCAUCACUAUUUACAUGUUAUUGUGCACGAGGAAAGUUUGAUUACACCUACGGACUAUAAUUGGGAAGAGGAAGAUCUGAAAGGGGUAGCAACAUACGUGCAAGAUAGUUCUCACUCACGGAAAAUGAUCAUGAAAAAAGGCGGCAGAGGUGGUUACUGGAGGAGCUUGGAUUACAGGAUGAGCUUGAAUUACGAGAUCAUGAGCUCAGAAUGCGAAUCAGAUUCGGAAUAA